GAUAAACAUUGCUGGCUGUACGAUAUACCUGUCUGACAUGGAGUUUCCAGAUUUGGGGAAGCACUGCUCUGAGAAGACAUGCAAACGUUUAGAUUUUCUUCCAAUGAGAUGUGAUGCUUGUCAAGAGAUUUUCUGCAAGGACCACAUAACCUAUGCAACUCACAAAUGCACGUCAUCUUACAAAAAGGAUAUCCAGGUCCCAGUAUGCCCAUUAUGUAACACUCCUAUUCCCGUCAAGAGAGGAGAGAUGCCUGACAUUAAAGUCGGCGAACACAUUGACCGGGACUGCAAGUCAGAUCCUGCACAAAGGAAAAGAAAGAUUUUCACAAAUAAAUGUUCUAAAGGAGGCUGUAAGCAGAAGGAAAUGAUGCGAGUGACCUGUGACCAGUGUCAUUUAAAUUACUGUCUUAAACAUCGGCACCCACUGGACCAUGACUGUAAGACUGAUGGGAAACCUCUGUCUAAAUCUGGGCAUGCUGCAGUCAUGAGGUCCCAGGGUUCUUCUGCCAUCUCUGCCACUGGUUCUAGCUCCUCUGGUUCAGGAAACUCUAGACCUGUUUCUAAUGGUGUGAGCAUAAAUAACAGAGCCCACAGUACUGGCUCUACUCAGCGGAUUCCCACUUCUGUUUCAGCACAGAAUGUAAUACCACCUUCUGCAUCAUUUCAGACUGGCAUGACAGAGGAGCAGGCUUUACAAAGAGCGCUGGAGAUGUCUUUGGCUGAUUCCAGACAGACUGUUCAGCCAGCCCUUAGUUUUUUUUCCACUCAGAUUGGUUUUAUGUGUUAUUAUGUUUGUGCCUCAGCCCUCAGGAACAGGAAGAUCUGGCUCUCGCUCAGGCGCUCGCUGCCAGUGAAGAAGAAUACAGACGCCAGCAGCAGAGACAACAGGGGAGGGAGUCCAAACAAUCCACCUGCAGCCUUUCUUAAUCUCAGAGAACCAUUUAGACUUCAAGCUGUGCUAAUUAUAUACUAGAAACCGCACAUCUGAGAUGUUGCUACCCAGGAUCAGUGAUUGUUUCAUGAAGACAUGCUCUUGCUGAAAUCUUAACGCCUUCUACAUAUAAGCACAUACACUUUCCAGCAGGAAUUGUCAUUUUUAUUAAUGAUUUGCCCUGUAAAUAUUUUAUAUGCUGAUCAUGAUGAAUCCAUUAUACUGCCUCAUAUGAAUAUUGAAUAAAUUAAAGAUGCACUUGAA